CUCGGCGCGCGCAGAAUGGCGGCGGCCCGGGCGCUCGGAGUGCGAGCGGCCUGGCGGGGCCGGGCCCUGCUGGCGCCCACGCGGGUCUCGGGGCCGACGCGGGGCCUGGCGGCCGCUCCCUGCCCGGACCGCGGGGAGCCGCCGCCGCCGCCUCCCGGAGGCCGGGCCCGCUGGGCGCUGGCGGGGGCCGGGGCCGGGGCCGGGGCGCUGCUGCUGCUGCUGCUCCGGGCCCGAGGCCGGGACCCGCCCGCGCUGCUGCCCCCGGUGCGCGCCGCGGUGCCCGCCCCGCCCGCGCCGCCCCCCGGCUCCGCCCGCGCCGCCUUCAACUUCAUCGCCGACGUGGUGCAGAAAACCGCCCCCGCGCUGGUCUACAUCGAGAUCCUGGGCAGGCAUCCCUUCUCGGGCCGGGAAGUGCCCAUCUCUAACGGCUCUGGCUUUGUGGUGUCCCCGGAUGGCCUCAUCGUGACCAACGCCCACGUGGUGGCGAAUCGGCGGCGGGUGCGGGUGAAGCUGGCUAGCGGGGAGCUCUACGAUGCUGUGGUCCGGGAGGUUGACCAGGUGGCAGAUAUUGCCACUAUCAAAAUCAACCCCAAGCAGCCUCUGCCCACGCUGCCCCUGGGCCGCUCCUCAGAGGUGCGCCAAGGUGAGUUUGUUGUGGCUAUGGGCAGCCCUUUUGCUCUACAGAACACCAUCACCUCUGGCAUCGUCAGCUCUGCCCAGCGGGGCAGCCAGGAGCUGGGCCUGGCCGAUUCCAACAUGGAGUACAUCCAGACCGACGCCGCCAUAGAUUUCGGGAACUCAGGGGGCCCCCUUGUCAACCUGGACGGCGAAGUGAUUGGGGUGAACACAAUGAAGGUGACUUCAGGUAUCUCCUUCGCCAUCCCCUCGGACCGGCUGCGGGAAUUCUUGCAGAAAGGGGAACAGCGCAAAAGCUCCUGGUUUGGCAGCACGGAGAUGAAGCGCCGCUACAUUGGGGUGAUGAUGCUAACACUGACCCCCAGUAUCCUGGCCGAGCUGAAGCUGCGAGACUCCAGCUUCCCUGAUGUCUCUUAUGGGGUCCUGAUCCACAAGGUGAUCAUUGGCUCCCCAGCCCAUCAGGCGGGCCUGAAGGCGGGUGAUGUUGUGCAGGAGAUCAAUGGGCAGGCGGUGCGGCGUGCAGAGGACAUCUACGAGGCUGUGCGGAUGCAGAACAGCCUGACCCUGCUGGUGCGGCGAGGCCAUGACGUGCUGCUGGUGAACGUCAGCCCUGAGGUCACGGAGUAGAGAGCUGCCCAGCUGGCAGGGGGCGCAAUGGACUUGGCCUGGGCACUGGGCCUUAGCUUGAAGCACACAAACCGAGUGAGAGGCUUGAGGUGACAGGCAGGAGGUCCUGUGCUUCCAGACAGGGCAGCACAGAGGAGACUCAGGGCCUUCGCAAGAGCCUGAAAUGCCCCAGCCAGCGGGGCUGGUCCUGGAACUGGCUUAUGGCAGGGCGGCUGCUGUCUGCUUCCCUCAUCCACAUUAAACCUCUCUUGGGGAACACUCA